CGAAAAGAAAAUUGUGGAUGGUGAAAUGUUGACUUUGGUCGAAUUCCGCGCGGUGGUUCUUCGUAUCAUAUCUAACCUUCCUCUUGAUUGUCGUGGAUUUAAAGUUAGAGACUAGACAGUAGAUUCAUACUUCACUCAUCCAGAUUCCAGUGUUCUCCAGACUCUAUUCUCCUCAGAUGGCCAUGUACGAAGGUUACUCAUCCGAUAAACCGGCCGUCGUUUUAGACAUCGGAGCACGAUACACAAAGUGCGGUUUUGUCGGCGAGUUCACCCCUCGAAGUAUCAUCCCGACGGAGGUGAAGUGUCCGACGACAGGUCUAGUCCGGAAGGUGGACGAUUACAAGGACGAAGCCGACCUCUACGCUCUUUUGGUGGCUUUUAUACACAAAAUUUAUUUCAGAAAUCUUCUUGGAACUCCAAAAGAUCGUCAUGUUGUUAUUGUAGAAUCUCUUUUAACACCAACCAUAUUCAGAGACACGUUAGCAAAAGUUCUUUUCUGUCACUAUGAGGUCGCAUCUGUUCUAUUUGUUCCUUCUCAUUUAGUAGUUUUAUGCAGCUUAGGGGUAAGAACUGCACUUGUUGUAGAUGUAGGAUACAAGGAAGCGCAAGUGAUUCCUGUCUAUGAAGGCGUCUUGGUACUGUCAGCUUGGGAAGCACAGCCGUUAGGGGCACAAUCUGUAGAAAAGAGGCUUAGACAUAAUUUGCUUGAGGCUCAUAAAGAAAUUAAAAAUGCAUCAGGUGAUGCAAGCAAGUCAAAUGAAGACAUUUACAAUCUGCCAGAAAGUGUAAUUGAAGAUAUCAAAGUUCGAGGAUGUUUUGCCACGACUUAUGAAAGGGGUGAGAUGUUUAGGGAUGGAGUCACCCCAAAACAGCCUCCAUGCCUUGAUUACCGUCUUGGAGGCAAUCAAGUUUUAAAAGUACCUGGUUGGGUGCGAGAAUCUGCUUUUGAAGUCAUUUUCGAAAAAGACAACGACCAAUCGUCAUUACCUAACCUUAUACUAGAUGCUAUACUCAAAUGCAGCCUGGAUUGUCGAAAACCGCUGGCUGAAAAUAUCUUUCUUGUCGGUGGUACUGUGAUGGCACCUGGUUUCAAAUCGAGACUUCUCCGAGAACUAAAAGAAUUACUUAAGUCGCCAUUGUACAACACACGGUUGGCCCUCAUCAAGUUUAAAAUUCACACAGGUCUCGCCCAAGAGAAUUAUGCCUGCUGGCUCGGAGGUGCCUUGUUUGGAGCAACUGACAUGAUUUCACUGCGAGGAUUUACCAAAGCUAAUUACCACAAGUUAAAAACUGUACCGGACUGGUCAAAUCUUUCAACCAACACAUUGUUUCUUUCUAAGCUAACAAUAUAACACAAUUGAAAAUUAAAGGACUAUAUAUGUACUAUA